AUGUCGAUCACUAAGUGUUGUGUCCCCGGAUGUCCAAACAGUUCAGGCUCUGAGGAGAUCCUACACAAAUUUCCUAAUCCAGAGAGGGAGAGGGAGCUAUUCAAUACAUGGCUCUAUGCUAUUGGCGGUGACAUAGUGCAACUUGAAAAUAACCACAUUUUCAAAUAUCGCCGUGUAUGUCAUUUACAUUUCGAAGAAAAGUAUUGGUGUCGGAAUAACAGGCUUAGCAAAAUUGCAGUACCCACAAAAAACAUGCCUGGAUUAUCAUUUGUGAAAUUUAGUUAUGGGACCAAAGCCUUGAAAUCCAUUCAAACAUCCGAAGCAUUGACAUCGAAAGACUUAACAUUAGAAAAAAUCAGUUCUGAGGCCACAGAUUUGAGAACCAUGGAAACAUCUGAAGCGUCAACGUCGAAAGUGGGCCAGCACAUGCAAAACUUUGCUCUUCCAAAGAAGAGGGUUAAACGUGUUGCUGUAACUCCAGGCGAGCAUGCUUUAUACAAAAGGCUUGUAAAAGUCGGAGUCAAACUAAGCAAAUGUCGCAGUAAGGUUAAAAUCCAAGCAAGCAAAAUAAAGGCACUGCAAAAUAUUACCACCAAUCCAAAAUUUUUGGAAAUUUUAGAUGCUCUACCCAGCACAUCCAAAAUAUUGACAUUGUUGCAGUUUAGAGAAAUCAAAAAGGGUGACAGAGGACGUCGCUUUACAUUGCAAGAAAAGCUUGUGAGUUUGUCAAUUAUGAAACAAAGUUCAAAAGGGUAUAGAUUUCUUCGAAAAAUAUUUAUACUGCCCUCACGGCAGAUUCUACUGCAACUAUUGCAUCAGGCAAAUAUCAAGCCUGGAAUAAAUUCAAACACCAUUGAACAACUCAAGAAAGCAACUGAGGCUAUGAAGUUGGAAGACAAAUUGUGUAUUCUGCUAUUUGAUGAAAUGUCCCUAAAACCUAAUGUUGCUUAUAAUGAAAGAAAGGACAGAGUAUGUGGUUUUGUCACAAAUGGUGACGAAGUAUAUUCAGAAUACGCGGAUCAUGCACAAGUGUUCAUGAUAAGAGGCUUAUUAAAAAAUUAUAAGCAACCAGUAGCCUACACAUUUUCUCAAGCAGCAACUAAGGGACCUGAACUAGCAAAGCAAUUAAAAGCUGUUGUCACUGCACUGCAAGGAGCUGGUCUUACAGUUGUCGCUACUGUGUGUGAUCAAGGGACAAAUAAUGUAAGCUGUAUUAAAUAUUUACUGCAAGAAACAAGAGGAAUUUUGUUAAGAAGGGGUGAAGAGCCCAAACAUAAUCUCAUUUUAGUAAAUAAUCAAGAGAUUAUACCAUUAUAUGAUCCACCCCAUUUAAUUAAAUGUGUAAGAAACAAUUUAAUUUCUAAACAUUUAAAAUAUGUCAAAGAUGGUGAAACCAAGGUGGCAAAAUGGGCACAUAUAAUGUUGUUACACAAAGAAAACCCAGGCUACAAGGGCAUAAGAUUAGUACCUAAAUUAACAGAUGCCCACUGUGACCCUAACAAAAUCCCCAAAAUGAAAGUGAAAUUUGCUACCCAGCUUUUUAGUCAAACUGUGGCAUCGAAUAUGGGUUAUCUUGCAGAUAAGGGUAUUUUGCCAGCAGAUGCUAAAGACACCGCUGAUAUACUGUUGUUUUUUGACCAGCUAUUUGAUGCAAUGAAUGGCAGCCAUGGUAAAAAAAAGAAAUACGGCAAGCCAUUAUUAGGACCUGCAACACCUACUUCAAUUCACAUGAAAGUUUGGAGAGAAUCCAAAAAUAUGUUGCAGAAGAUGAAAUUCCUAAAUCGUUCAACACUGAGGGAUGAAUAUGUUCCCACAUUAAAUAAUUGGGCAGGGGUAGUAAAGAGCAAAUUAAUUGCGAGCUUAAUACUAUUCCCGAUAUAA